GCAAAUAGGACGGAACCCUAAUUGAAUCCGAGCAGUGUGGAAGUGAGAGUAUUAUUUGAUCCGAAAUACGAGUUCUUCUAAUCAAACCCAAACAUCAACAGCAACACCACCCACCAACGCUCUGCAAUCUCUUGCACUCUGCAAUGGCUGACGAGGAACCUGUUGAUCAGAAGAGAUAUCUUGAAGAGUCUUGCAAACCAAAAUGUGUAAAACCAUUACUUGAAUACCAGGCAUGCAUUAAAAGGAUACAUGGUGAUGAAUCUGGGCAGAAACACUGCACUGGACAAUAUUUUGAUUAUUGGUCUUGUAUUGACAAAUGCGUUGCACCAAAGCUAUUCGCGAAACUGAAGUAAUAGGGGAGAUUUUGAGGCUUACUAUCAUUGCAUUCUGUUCUAUUUUCAUUCCCAAAUAACUCCUUCUAAACAUUUGAUGUUAUAAAAAACCAAACUAUAUGCCCUGUAUGGUUCCUAUUUUGUUUACUGUGAAGUUUUGAGCCUAUGGCGACUUUAGAUUGUGAUUAAUAAGAACAUUGUGCCAAAUUUAAACGUUAAGGUUUUGAAGGAUGUAUUUUG